CAAAUGCAGCUAUGAAUCAACGAUUCAGGCAGGAUGCUGCGACCUCGAGCACAAUUGAUAUAAUGCAGCCUUUUCGUACCAAGUGAAUAAUUACGGGUCUUCAGUGAACUUCUCAACAAUCAUGGCUCACAUUCAAGAGCAGAAAUUUGCGGAACUCGGCUUCCAGAAAUCCACCUCAUCGCAUAAGUUAGUCAGCUACCACAAACAGCUCAUCAAAGCCAACAGCAACACCCCCAUCCUCGUCCUCCUCCACGGAUACCCAAACAGCGCCUACCUAUGGCGCCACAUCAUCCCCCUCCUCCCACAUCCACUCUUCAUCCCCGACCUGCCCGGCUACGGAAACAGCUCUGCGCCAGAGAAGCAUGACAAAGUCAGCGUCGGACUGCUGAUCCUCGCAGCCUUGCGGGAACUCAUCGACUCCUUUAACAAAUACUCUGACUCCAGUCACGCCAGAUCUCCUGAAGUACUUCCGAUUGUCCUGAUAGGCCACGACCGCGGCGCCCGAGUAGCGCAUCAUUUGCAUCUCUACUCACCCAACGCCCCGAUUCUGGGGUUCACAGUGAAAGGUCUGGCGUUGCUGGACAUUGUGCCCACGCACUCGCAAUGGGCGAUUGGCGACGAAGCGGAGAAGGCAACGGGGUGGUUUCACUGGUCCUUCCUCGCGAAUCCGUCGAUUGCUGUCCCGAUGAUACAGGCAUACGGUGGGGGGAAAUGGGCGGGUGAUAUGAUCGAGCGGUGGGCGGGCACGAAUGCAUCGGCCCGCGAGAAAAUGAAGGAGGGUGAUGCGCUGGCAGUCUACUCUUCAUUUUUCAACCACCCAGAGGUCAUCGAGGCGACGACGAGGGAUUACGAGGCCGGUGCUACUACCGACGUUGAGUUUGAGAAAAAGGCGAUUGAGGAGGGGAGGCGGAUCGUGGUGCCGUUGUUGUUGGCGUACAGUGCUGGGUUCCUGCCGAAGCGAGCGAAGAAGCCGAUCCUGGAGGUGUGGAGUCAGCCGUGGAGUGAAGGCGCGCAUUUGAUUACUGAGUGGCCUAUUGGAGAUGGUGUGGGGCACUUUGUGCCUGAGGAGGCGCCAGAGGAGACUGCGCAGGCGCUGGGGAAGUGGUUGCAGACGUUGUGAGUCUGGCGAGUCAGUGAGGGAUGUAGUCGAUGGUUUACCGAGUGCAACGAGAAUCCUACACGCACCCCUGCCACGACAGCGAUGGACACGGAAGCUAGUGUCAUCUUCGCAGGAGCACGAGUAACCUCAUAGCUGAGUGCUAAGUACAUGAGUGUUUUGUUGGCGUUCCUACGAUUUUCAGUGCAACCUUGACGCAAGGUAUCUACGCCAGUU